CGUUUGCUGACGCAGGCGCCGCAGCUCCGAGUGUCGCCAUGUCCCUUAUUCGGACGGCUCUCAUUGCCAUCCCCGUUCUCGUUCUGCUUUCUGCAGCAGCACAGGGGCUGCGGAGGAGGGGACCGAGUGUGACAGCCAAGGUGUUCUUUGACGUGAAGAUUGGAGACAAAGAUGUUGGCAGAAUUACAAUCGGGUUGUUUGGAAAGGUUGUCCCCAAAACGGUGGAGAACUUCAUCGUGCUGGCGACUGGAGAAAGAGGGUACGGUUACAAAGGAAGUAAAUUUCAUCGUGUGAUCAAAGACUUCAUGAUUCAAGGAGGGGACUUUACAGCUGGAGAUGGGUCAGGAGGAAGAAGCAUUUAUGGAGAAAGGUUUCCAGAUGAGAACUUCAAGCUGAAACACUAUGGAAUUGGAUGGGUUAGCAUGGCUAAUUCUGGCCCAGACAGCAAUGGAUCCCAGUUCUUUAUCAGCGUGACAAAGCCUUCCUGGUUAGAUGGAAAACAUGUAGUGUUUGGCAAAGUCCUUGAUGGAAUGUCCGUGGUGCACUUGAUAGAACUUCAGCAGACGGAUGAACACGACCGCCCUCUUCAUGACUGUGUGAUUGUGAACAGUGGCAAAAUAGCUGUAAAGGAACCGUUCGUAGUGGAAGUAGAUGACUGGUGAGACCAGUACUGGAGAGUGGAAAGUACAAUGUAAUCCUUUUUAAGUCUUAAGUUUUUUACUGAUUUCACUUGUCCAUUGAGUUUUCUCCUUAAAAAACAUUAAGCUUUAUGCAGGUGAUGCUCCUGAGUUGCCAAAUACAUAAAGAUAGGGCUGGAUGGGGCUGUCCGGCCUUAGAACUCAAGACACAGCCUGCUAAUCCCUAGGUUGUGAAGAAAGUCUCUCAUGAAAGGCUAUAGAAUUACUUCAGUUUUGUCAAGGCUUGAAAUGCAGUCAUUUUGUUUUCUUUGGAAAUUUCUGCAAUAUUUGCUACCGUUUUUUCAUCUGAAAAUGUCAUUUUCUGUAAAACUAUCUGCGUCUUUUAAGUACGUGUCUCUGGGGAAAAAAAAAA